UUGCUCAGUCUCAAUUUGUCACUUCAAACCAUCUGACUAAGAAGGGCCUCUUAAAUCCUCAUCAUUUCCUUGUUAUCUGAUUUGCAGGAAUCCAAGACUUAAGCAACCAUGUCCAACUCCACUGAGGCAGAACUCAUACACAUGUUUAAGGGAAUUCGCUUUACCACCAGGUCUUCUCCAGAACUUUUAAAAUCCUUGGAUGCUUUUGAUGCUAGAGAAGAUGAUGUCCUUUUGGUUUCCUAUCCCAAAUCAGGCACCCACUGGCUUGCAGGAGUUAUAACAAAGCUUUACAACACUCAAGUUACAAUAACAUCUCCCAUUGAAUUUGGAGACAUUUCCAAACUGGAGGAGCUGAAUAAUCUCUCCUCAAAGAGAAUCAUUCCAACACACUUAGACUACAACAUGUUACCUCAGAAUUUUAAGAAUAAGAAAUGCAAGAUGAUCUACAUCUGCAGAAAUCCAAAAGACACUGCUGUUUCCAUGUACCAUUACUACAGAGAUAACCCAAACCUUCCCACUGUAGAUACCUGGACUGCCUUCUUUGACUUAUUCUUAAAAGGGAAUGUUGUCUGUGGAUCCUGGUUUGAUCAUUUCCUAAGUUGGGAAGCACAUGAAGAUGACAAAAACAUCCUAUUUUUGUUCUAUGAAGACAUGAAGAAGGAUCUCCCUAAAGUUGUAAAGAAAAUUGCUUUGUUCUUGAGUUUAAACGUCAGUGACAAAGAUAUCCAAGACACCUGCAAUAAAUCCUCAUUCUCAGAGAUGAAAAACGACACAGAAAAGGAGAACAGCGAUCCCAGUCACACUGUGUGUGCUCUGACAUCCAACAGGAAGCUGAUUUUCCGAAAAGGUGCUGUCGGUGACUGGAAGAACCAUUUCACUCCAAAGCAGAACAGGAGGUUUGAGGAGAUAUUUAACGAGAAAAUGAAACUCAGCAAGAUGGCAAAAUGUUUAACCUAUGAAGUUUGACUCCACGUGAAGGACAAUGUGCAGUUAACAACAAACGUACAUAGAGCCACUGGUGGGAAAUUCUGAAUGGGCACUCCCAUUUAGUUUGUAAUGCUUCCAAUAGAAAGGAUUGUAAACAUGAGAUUUUGAGGACAGGAAAAUUCUGACACAAUGCCAGAGCUGAACUCAUUUCUCAGCAGGCAGAUGUAUAUGGUUUUACAGAGUCAGGUGUCAUAUCCAUUUUUUGACAACAAAAUUUACUUCAUCAUUUAUUUAUUUUUUCUUUUGCUCUGAGGGGAUAUGAACAGACUUCUUAGAUCUGAAUUAGGAAUUUUACCCAUGAUGUUACAGGGAAAAAAAAAAAAAAAAAGGAACCUGUAAGAAACAAGAUAGAAGAAGCUUAAAAAAACUUCAUAAGAAAAUUAUCAAAAUUUUGACCCCAGACUCACUCCUGUAAUACACCAUGAUUUAUGAACUGCCUAUCUUACUGGACACUGUUAUUGACACUGAAGUUGAAAACUGCAGCUGUGUAUUUGACAAUCUGGAGUGAAGUCUGUUUACAAAAAUGUUUCUUUUUUUUACUAUAUGUAGUUCUUUGGUGUAACUUAUUUCUGAGUUAGAUACUGUAGAGUGUUUGUGGUUUAAAUGCAACUGCUAUAAAUCCAAAUAAAUUUCUGCAGCAUAUGUUGGGCAAUUAUAAAA